AUUUAACAAGUGAGGAAGAUGGUCUCUCUCACUUCCCAAUCGUAUCCAAACCAAACAAGCAAACAAAAGCAGAUCGAUAAUCUCAACGGUGCACUAAUUAUAAUACUAAUCUAAUACUAAUCUUCCCAAUAUAUAAACCAAUUCAUCACCAUCUUCCCCUCACAUCACAUCACACAAUCCCAAAACUAACACUCUCUCUCAUCUCAAUUCCCAACGCCAUGGAUCCCAAUCCAGGAACCUUCCCGAUUCUCUCUUACGUCAUGUCCCGUUUCCCUUCCUUAUCAUCCCUAACCUCCGCCGCCACCGCCGCCACACACCCCGAAACCGAAUUAUACGACAUCGACAUCGAACAGCCACCCUCAGAAAUCAUCGGCAAAAUGCCUAACCUAGCCGACCCCGAACUAAUCGCCUCCAUGGGCCGGGCCAUCGCCAACGUUCAUCAGGCCCGGUCCGUCCUCAACCUAAUCGGCGAGCGGCCGACUCACGAGGAAAUCGACCACGCCAAGGCCAAGCUCGCGGUGACUGAAGCCCAGCUAUCCCGUCAGCUGGAAGAAAUCGUGCACCAGCCGAGGCCGCCGGAGAUCGAGAUCCAAGGAUGGCGGGCUCACCAAGCGGAGAAGGAGAAGGAGUGUAGGGAAGAGGCGGAGAAGGAGAAGCGGAUUUGGAAAUCGCUUAUUCAGCUUGAUGAGAUGCAUGAGGCUUAUGAGAAGCUGCUUAAGGAGUCUGAGAAGCGGUUGGUUAAAAUGUAUGGUUCUGGUGGAGAUGGUGAUGUUGGAGGAGAUGGUGAUAAUGGUGAUGAGGUGAAUGAAGAGGUUGUGGGGAUUCUGCAGGAGGCGGAUGGGAAAGGAAUAGAGAGAAUUGACCUUUCUGGCCGGUCAUUGAAGAUUUUGCCGGAAGCUUUUGGUCGGAUUUCUGGUUUGCUUGUGCUUGACGUUUCAGCUAAUCAGCUUUCGGCCAUUCCCGACUCAAUAGCUGGGUUGCAAAAUCUGGAGGAGCUUAAUCUCUCUGCAAAUCUUUUGGAAUCACUGCCCGAUUCAAUUGGGUUGCUGCAAAAGUUGAAAUUGCUCAAUGUUUCUGGAAACAAGCUUACUGCCCUUCCUGAUUCCAUUUGUCAGUGCAGGUCAUUGGUGGAGCUGGAUGCAAGCUUUAACAAUCUGUCCUACUUGCCAACAAACAUUGGGUAUGAAUUACCGAACUUGAAGAAACUCAUAAUUCAUUUGAACAAAAUCCGAUCUCUUCCCUCGUCCAUUUGUGAGUUGAAGUCGUUAUGCUAUUUGGAUGCUCACUUCAAUGAGCUACACGGGCUUCCAAUAGCAAUCGGGAGACUGACUAAUCUGGAAGUUCUCAACUUGAGCAGUAACUUCACUGAUCUUAUAGAGCUUCCCGAGACAUUUGGUGAAUUGACUAAUCUCAGGGAAUUGGAUCUCAGCAAUAAUCAGAUUCAUGCACUUCCCGAUACAUUCGGUUACCUUGAUAAUUUGACCAAGCUCAACUUGGAACAGAAUCCUCUUGAAGUGCCACCUGUGGAGAUUGUAAAUCAAGGGGUGGAAGCCAUAUUGACUUUUAUGACCAAGAGGUGGAUUGAUAUCUUGCAAGAGGAAGAAAGUAAGAGCAAUCAAGAAAUGCAAGAACAAGUAGAGGGUGGCUGGUUAACUCGAAGCACGUCGUGGUUGAAGAAUGUUUCUGGAAAUGUAGCUGGGUAUAUCGGAACUACUGUUGGAUCUCCCGUGUCACCCAAAUCUCCCACUGAGGCAUAUCUUAAUCAACAGCGAUAAGGUGAGAUUUGUCCAACUCUUUAUCAGGAACUGUCAAGCAUGCAUUUCUGAUGAUGAUUGUAGAUUACAGAUACUAUGUUUGUUACCAAGCAGUAGUUUCUGCUGCUACUUUUUUCUUUUGUUCUCAACCCAAUAUUCAACAUAAGGGUAGGGUGCUUUGGUAAUUAACUUGUAUAAUGGAGGGGCAUGCAUGCCACUCACAGGAACUGACUAAAUUUUGAUAAUUUGUUUAUUUUAAAUUUAAAUCAAAAUAAUUAUACACUUCACCA